AUGGUUCGGCCUCGGUCGGUUCAAAAACCUGCCAUACUUGCUUUACAGGAACGAGGGGUUCAGAUCCGUAGAUGCGAUCUCAGAAGCUCUGAAGAAACCCUCGUCGAUGUUCUGACGGGAAUGGAUGUCGUUAUCAGUUGUGUUGGUGCGGCAGAGCAACAGGACCAGAUCACUCUCGCCAAAGCAGCGAAAAAAGCGGGCGUGCAAAGAUUUGUUCCUUGUGCGUUCAUCACCGUAGCACCACCAGGAGGCAUAAUGUGGCUCAGAGACGAGAAAGAGACGGUAUACAACCAUAUUAAACAACUUCAGCUCCCCUACACGAUUAUCGAUGUCGGCUGGUGGUAUCAACUCUCGUUCCCUAGACUCGAGUCUGGAAGAGCCGACUAUGCCAUGACCACCGCCAACAACGAAAUUGUGGGCGACGGCAACACGCCCCUAGCUUUAACCGACUUGAGAGACAUUGGACGCUACGUAGCCCGGAUUAUCGUCGAUGACCGGACGUUGAAUAAGAUGGUCCUUGCAUACAACACUGUGCUCACCCAAAAUCAAAUUUUUGACCUACUGGAGGAGAUCAGUGAAGAGAAAGUCGUUAGAAAUUACAUCCCGGAAGAAACGGUUUACACCCGAGUGCUCGCAGCCCGACAGGCCAGUGAGACGUAUCCUUACGAUCCCGUGAAGUUCAUUCCCCGAUACAUUGCUGAAUACCAACUGUCUUGGGGUAUCCGUGGCGACAACACCCCCGAAUAUGCGAAAUAUCUCGGCUACGUGACCUCGAAAGAAUUAUAUCCCGAUUUUAAGCCAACUGAAUUAAGGGAAUACCUUGAAAGCGUCCUCAAGGGCACAGCGAAGGGCGUUUACCAAGACCGUACCAUUUCCAGGGCUUACCAGCGCACCUUCCCACGCAGUGAAUCUAGCGACUCCCUGUACACGCGGAUUUUCCCCCGGAAUGAGUCCAGCGAUUCACUCUAUAUUGGCCGGUAG